UCGCGCUUGCGCCGCCGUCUCCGGCACGGUGUGUCAGAGAGAGGGAGAGACCCGCGAAUCCUUUCAUUUCUGUGGGAGCUCUCAUUGGACUGAGACGUCGGUGGGGAGGGAGGUAAUCCCAGAAACGGGGAAGCUGAAUAAUCAUCCGAUUCAGAGAAAAACAAAAAUAAAGGCAAUGUAUUGAGUGCAAUUCCAAGCACGACUGAAACAAAUUUUAUGGUUGAUCAUUUCAUUGGUCUAUCAAUCAAGUAAAUGGCAGCUGCAGAUGAUUUACAGUUUCAAGAGUUUGAUGAUGCCACAAACCUGCUGGCAGCAAACCCAGAUGCUACCACAAUAAGUAUCACAGACACCAAUGAUAAACCUAAAAAUCAGAGAGGCCCACCAGGCAAGUUGGGAAGAGAUGAGGAUGAAGAUUUGCUUGGGAAUGAAGACUCUGAUAAAGCAGAGUUGCUUGCGGGACAAAAGAAGAGUGCUCCAUUUUGGACAUUUGAUUAUUAUCAAACAUUUUUUGAUGUAGACACCUACCAGGUGUUGGACAGAAUAAAAGGUUCCCUUUUACCGCUGCCUGGCAAAAAUUUUGUGAGAUUGUAUAUUCGGAGUAAUCCAGAUCUUUAUGGUCCCUUUUGGAUAUGUGCCACACUGGUGUUUGCAAUAGCGAUAAGUGGCAACCUUGCAAAUUUCUUCACUCACCGGGGUCAGCGUGGUUACCGCUAUGUACCUGAGUUCCAUAAAGUUUCUAUAGCAGCUACGGCUAUCUAUACCUAUGCCUGGCUCGUUCCUCUCGCUCUGUGGGGCUUUCUAAUGUGGAGAAAUAAUAAAGUGAUGAACAUUGUGUCGUAUUCAUUCCUGGAGAUAGUGUGCGUCUAUGGAUACUCACUGUUUAUUUACAUCCCCACUGCAGUGCUAUGGAUUAUUCCAAAUGAGAUUGUACGAUGGAUUACGAUUGUGCUGGCCAUGUGCCUCUCAGGCACCGUGCUGUUGAUGACCUUUUGGCCAGCUGUCCGUGAUGAUAGCCAGAGAAUUGCCAUAGCAACUAUUGCAGUCAUUCUGAUCCUUCAUGCCCUGCUUGCAGUUGGCUGUAAGGCCUAUUUCUUUGAUCCUCCAGAACAGGUCAAAGCUACAUUUGUAACCACAACCACCCCUGCCACCCUUAAUGGAACUACCUUGGUAUCCAGUAGAACAUAAUUUACCAGGUUAAACUAUUAUGUUAGUGUUAUGAUCCCAGCUGAUUGUUAUUACUAAAAAAGUCAGAUCCUAGACUUUUUUUCUGAAGAAGGGUCAAGGCCCGAAACGUCAGCUUUCCUGCUCCUCUGAUGCUGCUUGGCCUACUGUGUUCAUCCAGCUCUACACCUUGUUAUCUCAAAUUCUGCAGCAGCUGCAGUUCCUACUAUCUGCUAGACUGAAACCUGGAUUGAUUGUUCAGAUUUUGUUUUGGUUUUGUUUUAAUGAGGUGGUCUGUCAAUGGAAUAUAUGCAACUCAAUGUUGGAGAUUUUGUUUUAACAAUAAAACAAGUUUAUUCAUCAAAAGAAAUUUUCAGUUAAACCAUACUGUUUACUUACAACACCAAUUAAAAGGUUUUUAAACACACAGUAAAAGUAUAAUCCCACUACAGUAUAUACACUUUUAAAGGCAGAUUUUUUAGACUUUUUAAACUCUUUUAAUGUUAAACUUAUGGGAUCGACUAUUGCGUGAGGGGCUGAAAUUCAUUCUACAGUCCAAAAUACCGCAUCAUUAGCAGAAGCCCACUUGAUCUCUAAACAAAUAAAGAAAAAUAAACAAAUUAUGGUAAUUACUGUACUACAUUAUUUUCUAGUUCAACAGGCAGUUUUUCUGCAAUCUUAGUUCUCUGCUGAAGUACUAAGUCAUGCCUUCUCGUGAACCUUGUGUACCGUCCAGUACUUGCCUUAAAAUCCAAAAUUCCAUCCUUGUUUGAUUUGUUUCGUGCAUGGAUUCGGAUGGCUUCUCGACUAACACAUUUUCCAUUUUGACAGUUGUCAAGUACCCACUCAGCAAUUUUUUUUUUCCAAUUGUGGCCACUUGCUAGGUUUACCUCUGGCGCACUUUUGCUUUGGCAUUGUCUGAAGUUGAGUUGAUACCUUUUCCAGUCUCUCACAAGUUGCUCUGAAAUUCAAAAUUCUCUUGCUGCUGCACAGUUAUUUGCCUUCUCUGCAACUUCAAUAACUUUUAGUUUAAACGCUGCUGUAUAUUUUUUGUUUUGUCUGGAGGGAAUUUUUACACAAAUGAAGAAGAAAUUUCAAAACGCAAUAGCAUGAAAAAGAUUCAUUUCCUCAUUGUAACACUGAUGUGCGGGAUAAUAUCUUGACUCUCAAAUGUUGAUCUGUUAUCUGUGAAGAACUAGGGUCAACUUUUAUAUGAGAUAUAUGGAAAAAUCCAAAUUUUUUUGGCCAAAAACAGGGAGUCAGUUUUUACAUGAGAUUGACUUUUACUUGAGUAUAUAUGUUAAUCCCAAAAUAAUCCCUUACAAUGUCCAAAAAUGUCCAGUAGACAAAAGGAUCCUUUAUAGCAUACUCACAGCAAAGAAAAGAAUAUGAUCCUCACACAUCUAUAGGUUUAAGGUAACUGUGACUUUAACUUCUGGACCAGAAACAAUGAUAGCUUCUUCUUGGAGCAAUCUACACUUAAGCUUAAGCAUAUUCAGCUUCAGUUAAUCUCUUCAGGUGUUUCUCACAACAUUUCUGGUUUGGGACUACCAGUAAAGGUGAUCUAGAUUUACUAUAUAC